ACCAAACCACCACCACCAACUCCCCCUUUGUAGAUACAAAACAUAAGAGAGGAAAAAUAUAAGGCAAAAGAUGUCGACAGCUUCCUCACUGUGCUCUUCAACCCAGAUUAAUGGCUUUGGAGGGGGACUCGGGAUUCUAAGGUCCCAUGUUUCUCAACCCAAGACCCUUACUUUCACGAGGAGGAGAGUUUCUACAGUGAAGGCAACAGCUCGAGUCGAUAAAUUCUCUAAAAGUGAUAUCAUUGUUUCUCCAUCUAUUCUCUCUGCUAAUUUCGCAAAGCUGGGGGAGCAGGUAAAAGCAGUAGAAGUGGCAGGCUGCGAUUGGAUCCAUGUUGAUGUCAUGGAUGGUCGAUUUGUUCCAAACAUUACAAUUGGACCUCUCUUGGUUGAUGCUUUACGACCUGUAACGGAUCUUCCGCUCGAUGUGCAUUUGAUGAUUGUGGAACCUGAGCAACGAGUUCCAGAUUUUAUCAAGGCUGGAGCAGACAUCGUUAGUGUUCAUUGCGAACAAUCUUCAACCAUCCAUUUGCAUCGUACACUUAAUCAAAUAAAAGAUCUGGGUGCCAAAGCUGGAGUUGUCCUAAACCCUGCAACCCCACUUAGUACAAUAGAAUAUGUACUUGACGUGGUUGAUCUUGUCUUGAUUAUGUCGGUCAACCCUGGGUUCGGUGGGCAGAGCUUUAUCGAGAGUCAAGUCAAGAAAAUCUCGGACUUGAGAAGAAUGUGUGCAGAGAAGGGAGUAAACCCAUGGAUUGAAGUGGAUGGUGGAGUUGGUCCUAAAAAUGCAUAUAAGGUUAUUGAGGCUGGAGCUAACGCUUUAGUUGCUGGUUCAGCUGUGUUUGGAGCCAAAGAUUAUGCAGAAGCUAUUAGAGGAAUCAAAACCAGCAAAAGAGCAGAAGCAGUGGCUGUGUGAUUUAUGGUCUGCUUGGCUCCAACGUGUGAUAUCUGUAUCUGCAUUGCAAUGAAUGAUACCCUAAAACUUGAUAGAAUUUUGCUUGAUUAUA